AUGAGUUUAAAGGUUGAUGAACACUGUUCUUUUAUCCAAAGUAUGAUAGACACAAAGAACUUCCUGUAUUACUUGACGGAGCCAUACAGACUCAGCACUAUAUACUGGUCUGUGAACUCCCUAUCGAUGUUGGGAAGGGAGGAGAUGCUAAGAAUGAAGGACCGAAUAAUCGAGUAUGUAAUGAACUGUAAGAAUGACGAUGGAGGGUUUGGAGGAUGCAAGGGAUACCCUUCCAACAUAACAAGUACCUUCCAUGCCCUGCAAAUACUCUACAUCUAUCGCAUAGCUUACCGUGACAGGAACACUGCUUUAUUUAUAUCAGGACUGCUGCAGCCGGAGGGAUAUUUCUACAAUGACAGGUAUGGAGAGAUAGACACCCGAAUCAGCUGCUGCGGAGUCUUGGGGCUGCAGUUACUGUCUCUUUUGGAAAGGGGAGAUUUUGAUCCCGAAAGUUUGUCUAGGCCGGCGUGCAAGGUGUUUUUGUCGGAGGUUGGGGUUGAUUUGAAAGCUAUUGUUCAAUAUAUUCAAAAAUGUUACAAUCUGGAUGGGGGAUUUGGGGCUGUUGAGGGUGCUGAAUCUCAUGCUGCACAAGUGUUCUGUUGCCUAAGCACGCUAAGGUCUCUUGGGGCUUUGGAGCUUGUCGACAAGGAAAGUAUCUCUAGAUUUAUAGUCAAGAAGCAGGCAAGAUCUGGAGGUCUUUCUGGAAGGGUGAGCAAGAAGGAAGAUGUUUGCUAUUCGUUUUGGGCAUACUCUUCUCUUGUGCUUAUUGGAAAAGAAAAUUGUGUGAAUCAAGAGAGGUUGGAGAAUUUCAUAUUGUCCUGCCAAGGACGGAGUGGGGGAUUCUCUGAUAGACCUGGAGACGAAGUUGACUUAUAUCAUCUCAUGUUUUCUCUGGCCGGGCUCUCUCUACUUGGAUACAAAGGUCUUAAGAAAAUCGAUCCUGGUUUUGGAUUAUGA